UCUAACUUCAAAGCAGACAAGGGAGUGGCUGAGCUGAGUUCUACAGACAGAGUGUCUGAUAAAGGAGAAGACGAAAACGACGGCCGGGAUGACGGUGAUGACGCGCUCUUAGUCGGAGGUGACGUGUGCUCCCCGGCGGGCAAGCAACACGGCCAUGUGAAACAUAUCGGUAAAGAAGGCAUCAGCUGAAGCAAAGCAAAGGAAUGUUGCUUAAGAAAAGCAAGAAAACUUGCUUUUAAGCCAUUAACUACUGUUUCAGAACCCAAACCGUGUAUAAAUUGUACAGAUAAGAAACUAAAGAGGAAAAAAGUCCCAUCUUGAAAGUGAGUAAAGGCGCGCGUCCUGCCAUGAGAGGGACUGGGUUUCUGUUGGUUUUCUGCUGGGUGCUCGGCCUGCUGGCCUCCACGUCGUUUUGUGGCAAUGUGACGUACGAUCACAGAGCGCUAGUGAUCGACGGAAAGCGCCGGGUCUUGAUCUCCGGCUCCAUUCAUUACCCUCGUAGCACUCCCGAGAUGUGGCCGGAUUUGAUACAAAAAUCUAAAGACGGAGGAUUGGAUGUGAUCGAGACUUACGUUUUCUGGAACUUGCACGAACAAGUUCGAAACCAGUAUGAUUUUGAGGGAAGAAAGGAUUUGGUGAAAUUUGUGAAGACAGUUGCUGAUGCUGGUCUUUAUGUUCAUCUUCGUAUCGGACCUUAUGCAUGCGCGGAAUGGAACUAUGGUGGUUUUCCCGUCUGGUUGCAUUUUAUUCCUGGAAUCCAGUUUCGAACUGACAAUGAGCCGUUCAAGGCAGAAAUGAAGCGAUUCACAGCCAAGAUUGUGGACUUGAUGCAGCAGGCGAAACUUUAUGCCUCUCAGGGUGGACCCAUAAUUUUAUCUCAGAUAGAAAAUGAGUAUGGAAACGUAGCUUGGGCAUAUGGGCCUGCGGCUAAAUCAUACAUCAAUUGGGCAGCAGCCAUGGCUACGUCUUUGGAUACAGGGGUGCCUUGGGUCAUGUGCCAGCAAGCAGAUGCUCCUGAUCCAAUUAUUAACACUUGCAAUGGAUUUUACUGUGACCAAUUCAAACCUAAUUCUAACAAGAAGCCAAAAAUGUGGACUGAGAAUUGGAGUGGAUGGUUUCUCUCGUUUGGUGGUCCUGUACCCUACAGACCUGUGGAAGACCUCGCAUUUGCUGUGGCUCGCUUUUUCCAGCUUGGUGGAACUUUCCAAAACUAUUAUAUGUACCACGGUGGGACUAACUUUGGCAGAACUACUGGUGGACCCUUCAUUUCCACAAGUUAUGAUUACGAUGCUCCAAUUGACGAGUAUGGGAUUCUUAGACAACCUAAGUGGGGCCACUUAAAAGAUGUACAUAAGGCGGUAAAGCUUUGUGAAGAAGCAUUGGUGGGCACUGAUCCAACAGUUACUUCUCUUGGUCAAAACUUAGAGGCUGCAGUUUAUAAAACAGGAUCUGUGUGUGCUGCUUUUCUUGCUAAUGUGGGCACCCAAUCUGAUGCAACUGUGAAUUUCAAUGGUAAUUCAUAUAGCUUACCUGCAUGGUCUGUCAGCAUUUUACCUGACUGCAAGAAUGUGGUUCUUAAUACCGCAAAGAUUAACUCUGCGGCAAUGAUUCCAAGCUUCAGUCAUCAAUCUUUGAAAGGCAAUAUUGAUUCAUCUGAAGCAUUAGGCUCCGGUUGGAGUUGGAUAAAUGAACCAGUGGGCAUCUCAAAGGAUGAUGCAUUUGUGAAACUUGGACUAUUGGAGCAAAUAAAUACCACAGCUGAUAACAGCGACUACCUGUGGUACUCAUUAGGCAUUGAAAUUAAAAGUGAUGAGCCGUUCCUUGAAGAUGGAUCCCAAACAGUUCUUCAUGUGGAAUCUCUUGGACAUGCCCUUCAUGCAUUCACUAAUGGGAAGCUUGUAGGGAGUGGAAAAGGUAAUAGUGGCAAUGCUAAGGUUUCAGAGGAUAUCCCCAUUGCACUUGUAACUGGGAAGAACAAAAUUGAUCUGCUGAGUUUGACUGUGGGACUUCAGAACUACGGAGCUUUUUUUGACAAAACCGGAGCGGGGAUCACUGGUCCAGUAAAGCUAAAAGGCAUAAAAAAUGGCACCACUGUCGACCUCUCUUCACAGGAAUGGACAUAUCAGGUUGGACUCAAAGGUGAAGAAUUAGGUCUGUCCAGUGGAAGUUCUUCGCAGUGGGAUUCAAAAUCUACUUUACCCAAGAACCAACCCUUGAUUUGGUACAAGACAAAGUUUGAUGCACCUGCUGGCAGUGACCCGGUUGCACUAGACUUUACAGGUUUGGGGAAGGGUGAGGCAUGGGUGAAUGGACAAAGCAUUGGGCGCUAUUGGCCUGUGUAUGCCUCUCCAAAUAGUGGCUGUGCUGGCUCUUGCAAUUACCGGGGACCUUAUGGCUCAUCUAAAUGCCUCAGGAACUGUGGGAAGCCAUCUCAAACACUGUACCAUGUACCCCGUUCAUGGUUGCAAUCAAGUGGCAACACUCUUGUACUGUUUGAGGAAAUAGGUGGUGAUCCAACAAAGAUAUCUUUUGCCACAAGACAGAUUGGAAGUUUAUGCUCACACGUGUCAGAAUCCCACCCAUCACCUAUAGAUACAUGGAAUACAGAUUCAACAUCAGGAAGGAAACUGGGGCCUACAUUAUUGUUGGAGUGCCCGAGUCCUGGUCAGGUCAUCUCUUCAAUCAAGUUUGCGAGUUUUGGGACUCCUAGUGGAACUUGUGGGGGCUAUAGCCAUGGCCAGUGCAGCAGCAGGAGGGCUCUUUCCAUUGUCGAGAAGGCUUGCAUUGGAUCGAAGAGUUGUAGCAUUGGAGUAUCAGUUAACACAUUUGGUGACCCGUGUAAAGGAGUGACAAAGAGUUUAGCAGUAGAAGCUUCCUGUACAGAGAGGUCAGAGGCGUCCUCAAAGACUUCGCUUUAUGGAGUAUAAGACUAGUAGUCACACAAGUCUCUAAUUUAAUAAGCUUUUUAACUGGUUAUCAAGGUAAAAAGGAUUCCAAUCAUAAAAACAAAAAGGUGUCUCAUAAGCCAUAUACCUCAUUGCAUUCUUGCUACCGAUUAUAUAUAAAUAUAUAUAUAUAUAUAUAUAUCUCGAUCUAUUCAAGGAGAAGAAAAAUGAUAGGAAUCCUCUGUAUUCAUGUGUAAUGUGCUACCAUAGAUGAUCCAUAUAUUAUCCAAUUCAACAGUAUUUUCCACUUU